AGGUGGGGUACAGCCUGGGUCCUAAGGAUGCUCCUUGUCUCCUUCCUGACUCAACUUGGCCUCUAGUUUACAAAAGGGAAGGGCCCAAGCAGUUUCUCACCAAACCAAGGAGUCAGGUUUCCAAAAGCGUUUGCUUUUAUUUGGAAAGCAAGUUGUAGCACCUGAGUGGUUCCAGGGUAUCAUGUUUCUCUCUUCACUUCUCCCUGCCCAUUGAUGAUAUUAGGGUCUAACUUAAUGAGCGCUAACUAAUCACCUAUGAAAAUCAUUUGAGAGCCAUUAAUAAAAGAAAAAUCUAAAUAAGGCCCUUAGUUCCAGGAAGGUCUUUACAGGGAAGGUAAGAAGCCUGCGGGGCCGCAGUAAGGAGGUAGGAAUGAGCUUGGGGACGAGAGCACUUAGUGUAAAAUAUAGAUCACCAUUUUAGAAGCGGGUUUUUCAGUUUGCUUUCUCCCCCUACUUUAUUGGGGAGGACUUGCCAUUGCUUUUAUCAAGUGCUUGCUAGCCAUGGGUGCCAACUAACUUCUUCGAUUGAAGGCCGGAGUAUCAUAUCUGGUUCCAGGAGCCGCUUGAGCAGGUCCUGGCAUUCGGUUGAGAUGCCCAGAUGAGUGGGGAAGGACACCCCCUUCUGCUGCUGCCACAGCAUCUUGGGGAUAUCUGUGUCAUCAAAAGGUAGGCUUGCGCAGAGCAUCACAUACAGGACCACACCCAUGCUCCAGACAUCGCCUUUCUUGCUAUCAUGGGGUAUGCCCUGUAGCACCUCAGGGGCGGCAUAGGCUGUGCUGCCACAGAAGGUCUGGCUCAGCUCCCUGCAUGACUUAGGUAGCACCUUGGCAAAGCCAAAGUCGGUCAGCUUCAGGUUGAAGCCCUGCAACAAGGCGUUCUCACACUUAAGGUCCCGGUGGGCCACGCCACAGCCAUGGCAAUAGCGAAUAGCCUCAACCAUCUGACGGAAGAGGGCCUUGGCCCGGCUCUCGGGAAGUGGCCCUCCAUUCAGCACACAGUCAAAGACAUCCCCUCCCUCAGCCAGUUCCAUCACCAGGUAGAUUUUUCCAUCUGCUGACUCCAGCAUCUCAUACACCCGGAUGAUGUUUUUGUGGUCCAGGGUACGGACAAUCUGGAGCUCCCGUGGCAGGAAUCUCUGGAUAAACUCUGAGGGAAAAAGUAGACAAAAUCAAGAUCAAAAUGGCCUGGUUUCUCACUUUUGACUCCUGCUUUCCAGCUUCUGGACACCUACCACGUCUAGGUGCUCCUCCUUGACUCCCUGAACAGUCUCAGGUUGUCCCUAGCAGCAAGUAUUUGCCUUUUAUUAUUUCAUGAUUGGCUCAUCCUUGGAACAACCGCCCAGCAGCCUGCGAGACCACAGAUGAGCUAUUUGGGAAGUUCAAAGCUAUUGAACCCAGUAUUCUUUCCAGGGAUUCAGUGUUCCUCUCCCUCUUCCACUGUGUGGCUCCAGUUCCUGCUGCCUUUGACCAACACCUCUUGGGACAGGAAAAACCGAGGACCCUUUCUUUACCUUGUGCUUUAAUUGUGGAUCUGGAAAGGUGUAAGGAUCCUGGAUUUUCCGCAUCCUUCUAUUUAGGGCAGUAAUCUAACUUGCUUUCUGUCAUUCUGACUCAAAGGGAAGAAGAGCUGGUCUGAGGGAAGCGCCUACCCAUUUUGGCUAGCCCACCCUUCCUCCAAAAGGCCCCAGCUCACCUUCUGGCCCUCCCAUCUUGUCUAUAAUUUUAAUUGCCACUUUUCUUUGAUGUUUUUUGGAAAAUGCUUCUUUGACUUUUGAGUAGGUCCCUUCCCCAAUGGUCUUGCCCAGCUGGUACCCAUUGGAGAGUAGAAAGUCCUCCAUGCUGUGUAGCGCCUCCUUCUUGUCACCCUCUCAGCUCAUGCUGCCUCCGCGAGGCAGCUCUACUCCACCAUCGCCCUUGGCCUGCUUCUUUUCCCCCCAAGGACUUCAUUCACAGCUGCCUCCAGGGCUAGAACAUUCUCCGUCUGGACACAGCCACAGGUGGUGGGGAGGGAGAGGACCAGACAUUUUUAAACUCCUGCUCAAUUGUGAUGUAAAUGCUGUGUGACCCUCAGACAACAUGGGUGGGCAGUAUCUCUACUUUCCCUCACCACCACCAGCAAACCCAGCAUGGGUUAAGUCAUUCUUGAGUAAGGCACCGAGUGGUAGCAGUGUUGGGGAACGGGCCUGGGUGGCUGCGUAGGUCAGGGAUGCGGGCCUUCUCCAUGUGGGCUCCGCUUCCAGGCAGGUCGCCCUCGCCUCCGAAGUCCCCAUCCAGCUGUUGGGGAAGAGUGCAAACAGGUCACCAAGGUGCAGUCGCCAGAGCCCUCUGGCUUCAGGCCCGGGCCCUCACUAAAUACCCGAACGCUCCGGGACUGCCUAGAAUUCCAGCGAGGAACAGGCUGUGUGAGGUCAGCACGCAGAGACCCGGGUCACAAUGCAGUCCUCCCCUUCGACGCUGGGGCCCGGGCGCGCAGCAGACACCUGCCAGGCUCCGCCUGGACCGGAGCGUCCUCCCGCGGCCAGGGCUCGGGCAGUUGCUUCCAGCCUGGGACCGGCCUCGGCCUCCGGCAGAGUGCCCCGGGGCCUGGACAUGAGUGCCCAGGAGACCCCACAGGGUCGAAGAUUCCCCAUUGAGGCCGGAGACUCCCCUGGCCUUGCCUCCGCCCCCGAGUCCCAGGAUAGCCCGGAGCCUGUAGCUACGGAUCAAAACCCUGUCAGGCCGCUCCGACGCUGCCCGGGCUGCCACUGUCUGACGCUGCUGCACGUGCCCAUCGACGUCUACCUGGCCAUGGGCGGGAGCCCCCGGGCCCGCGCUACCUGAGUGCGCCUGCGCACGGCAGCUCUGCAGGAGCCGGGACGGACGAGGCCAGCCGCGGGCCACCACGCUGAGGUCGCACGCGCCGAGCACGAGACAAUGAUGCACAUUUUAAAAUAAAAGAAUGAUGCACAUUUUAAUAAAGCACAGCAUAAACUGUUCUUUCCA